AUGGAUGGAAAUGAAUUGCUGAUCAAGAAAAUCAACCUCUUAAAGAAGAGUGAAACAAAUUUUAUUAACCUGACUUCCAAGCUUAAGAAUGUGUGCCUCACUCAAGUCCACAACAUUUAUCUCGAGGAUACGCAAGUUCCAUUUCAAACAAUUGAACAGGAAGUCGAAAAAUUAGGAACUGUCAAGACAAAUAAUGCACAAUCAUCCUUUUUCUUCACUCAUUCCAAGUCAUCCAUUCUGAACAUUAAGAAUUUUGAAAAAAAAGGAUGGUCCUUGUAUUACAUUUCGUUUUCAAACACACCCUAUUCAGAGAACAACAAUUUUUCAUACAAGGUGAAAAUUCAUGAUUUUAAAAAAGGAACUGAUAAUAGAGGAAUUUGUUUUGGAAUUGUUGACACAAAGACUCAAAUUAUUGGAGAAAAACAAGUAUCUUAUGGUUUAGCUUUUCUGACUGGAGAGAUAACUACUCAUAAACAGUCAUAUCCUUAUGCAAGACCCUUGUGUGUUGGAGAUGUGGUCACAGUGAUACUUGAAGAUAAUUCAUUGAGAUUUAUGAUCAAUGGUGAAGAUUUUGGAGAAGCAUUUAAUUGUCGUGGAAACAAUAAUUAUCAACCUGCCAUAGGUGUAUGUGGACACUCAGUCCAUUUGGAAUUGUUAGACCACCAAUAA